AUGUCUGUGUGUCCCAAUUCGCCCAGGUUAAUCCUGGAUAUUAGUAAUAGUCAGUUUGACAAUCCUCAGAAUGCUCAAACCAGUGUAAGUGGAACGAUUGAACAGUCGCCGAAAAUGAUUAAAGUAGAAUCGUACGACCAUCUGGAUAGUUCCGGUAUGAAUAAUCAUCUCCCGCUGCAUCAUCAUCAUCAUCAUCCAACUCAUCAACAUCAGCAACCGCAGCAGCAUCACCAUCAUCAACAACAGAUGGGACAACAGCCUCAUCCGCAUCCACAUCUGAUGCAGUCGGCGCCAGACUUUACAACUCUGGUAUCUUCCCAGUCGAGCGUUCCAUCUACCAUCUACGUCUAUCAACCUUCAUCGAUAGUAACAAGUCACAUCGUUCCGGUCGUUGAUUCCUUGAACGUUCCUCGAAGUGACAGUCUGACGCCGACCGCGAAUGCUGCGGUAGUUUGUAAGAAGCGGAAACUUGACGCUGACUACGACUAUGAAUUCGAUCAAUCAUCGCUCAGUCCUACGGGUCAUGACAAACGGCCACGCUACGAUGGCACCAACGGAUACAGUUACCCUUCCGGUGAUUAUCUUCAUUCGGCAAGCUACGUAGUCAUACCGGAACUGGCGAACAUGGAUGACGACCCGUCAUCCACCAAAAUGAACCCCAAUGGACAGAUGCCAUACUCGGACCCAAGCCAGUACGGGAUCUACUAUCACACGGAUACUCCUUGCAGCAUGGAAAACGAUGCCUCUUCCAUUUCGGUUUCUUCCAGUCCAAACAAACCGGACGAAUCAAUCUACCUCCCCAAUCCACCGUCCUCGUGCAUGAUCACCAGCACCAUCCAAUCGGUGCCAACUCCAUCCUCCUGUAGCAAUUCCUCACCCAGCUCGAUCGUGACUCCCUCCAGCAACAGCAGCUCCCAUCCGGCGGAGACGGGCCCUAGCGAGCAAAAAGCGAACAUGCCGAAAGCCUCUCCCGGAGGCAUCGAUGGCAGCAGCAAAAAAUCCCGCAGCAAUCGAAUUCGCAAACGUCACAUCCGGGAGUCCAUCAGCUACGAGGAACUGCAAACGCAACGGGUUAUGGCGAACGUUCGCGAGCGGCAGCGAACUCAAAGUCUGAACGAGGCGUUCGCAUCCCUGAGGAAAAUCAUUCCAACACUGCCCAGCGAUAAGCUGAGCAAAAUUCAAACACUGAAACUGGCCUCCAGGUACAUCGACUUCCUGUACCGGGUCCUGUCGAACAACGAACUGCCGCUGCUGGAGGAAACGCAGAAGAAUCUGGUCGGCUCGGGUGCCGCCAGCAAUGGGCUGCAGUUCAGCGGCAGUGGCAUCCUGGCGCACGAGAAGCUCAGCUACCUGUUCAGCGUGUGGCGCAUGGAAGGUGACUGGAGCAACGGAAGUAGCAGUGGCGGAAGCUCCAGCGGCAAGGAGUAA